AGCGCGUGGGAAGGGGUGGCGGCAAGGAAGACGGGCCCGCGCGGAGAUGCCGCCGGGAAGCGAAGGCAGAGGAAGAGAGCGGGAGCGGCGGGAAAAACGCCGAAGCGUUGCGUGUUGCGGCGGCGGUGGUCUCCAUUGCUCGUCGCUUCGCUCGGAGCUUCCGGAGGCUUUGUGGGGGGUUGGCUGCUUUUCGCCUCACCUAGCGGAGGCGACCCAUGUUUUGUAGCACUGCGCUGCCAGGGCUUAUGCGGGGGGCGUGUGGGGGGAUAACAGUGGGCUUCGACGACAGGAAACUGCCAUUUCCCCCCCCCACCCUCUCCCUUCCUCAGUUGCGGGAAAUUGGUGCAGCGAUUUUUCAGAGCGACAAGGAAGGGCAUGGAGAGAGAGAGAGAGAGAGAGAGAGAGAGAGAGAGACCCGUUGGUUGUCGUUGUGGUUGUCUUUAACAUCUCUCUCCUCCUUCUACCCGUCAGCCCACAACGGGACCGGCGCUGGCUUUAGUUGUUGUCCCACGGGGGGUGUAUAUCCAACACCCACCCACAACCCGGGGAGUAGCAAUUGCUAUGAUUUCUAGUCCUAGCAAGCAGGUGGUGCCUGCGACUCGAGCUUCUUUUUGAGCUCGUUCUUCGCUUCCAAGACUGCGGCUUUCUCUUUGCUUGCCCUCAGCAGUUUUUAGCGUGUAUUGAUCGCGAGGAGUGUGUGGGUUGUUUUUUGUUGUUUUUUUAAAACCAUGCUCUGCCUUUGAACGCAAUCGGAUGCCUGGCAGAGCAAAAGGAUAUCGGGGGGUGGGGGGUUGUUAAUGUGUAAAAACAACGUUGAGAAGAUCCAGGACCAAUAAUUGACUUGGAAAGCCUUGCUGGAAACGGAUGAUCUAUAAAUUGCAUGAAUGGGGGAGAAAGCUUCAUAAUUCAAGAGGAAGUGGGAUUGCACUUUUACGCCUGCCUGAACAACCCAACUGUGAUUGGCUAAAGUAUAUGCAGAAAUGAACAGCAAUGCAUGAACAGCUUGCUUCUGUACAUCCUGAAUAUUAAGACACCUCCACAUUUUAAAUAUGGCUCAUCAAAUUGCCCGCAGUAUCAGAAACAAAUGAAGCCUAAUUGGUUCAUAAAAGUAAUUGUUAAUUGAAAAAGAAAAUAAUAAUAACUUUUGGACAGAAAUUAGUUCCUGGGAGUCACAAAGAUGGCAUGAUCGGAAAGAAGAAAAAGGAUAAGCUGGGUUGCUGACACAACAUGGAAGAACCAUUCACUGUGAGUUCCUUGAAAAAGCUAGCAGCUAUUCCUGACCACACAGAUAUUUCCUUGAGCCCAGAGGAGCGUGUCCGUGCCUUAAGCAAGCUUGGCUGUAACAUCACAAUAAAUGAAGACAUUACACCCCGACGCUACUUCAGAUCCGGUGUGGAGAUGGAGCGCAUGGCUUCUGUCUACCUGCAAGAGGGAAAUCUUGAAAAUGCCUUCGUCCUCUACAAUAAAUUUAUAACGUUGUUUGUAGAGAAGCUGCCAUGUCACCGAGACUACCAGCAAUGUGCAGUUCCAGAGAAACAGGAUAUUAUGAAGAAACUGAAGGAUGUAGCAUUUCCAAGGACUGAUGAAUUGAAGAAAGAGUUGUUAAAGAAAUACAAUGCAGAAUACCAGGAAUAUAUGCAAGAUAAGAACAAAGGCAAAGCUGAGUUACUGAAGAAACUAGAGCAAGAGAAAUUAAUUGAGGCAGAAAAGAAGCGGAUUGCACAGAUCCGUCAACAGCAACUGGAAACAGAACAGUUUCAAUUCUUUGAAGAUCAGUUAAAAAAGCAAGAAAUAGCUCGUGGUCAGAAAACUAAGAAUAAUUCAGUUAUAUCAGAGCCACCAGAUGGGAACACGUCAUCAGCUCCACACCUGAACAAUACUUUCCCCAAAAUAAUAGCAAACAAGUGUGAUGCUUCUGCUAGUCAAUCUCCUCCAAUCAGUCGGGCCUUAAAGCCAGCUGCUACCUUAAGUGCCGUUCAGAACGAUGCUACUGAAGGACUGCGAAGUGUGGUUCUACCCAGUGAUCUUUGUCACAAGUUUUUGCUGCUUGCAGACGGAAACACCGCGAGAGGAAUAGAGACAUGUGGCAUUCUCUGUGGAAAACUGACUCAUAAUGAAUUCACUAUUACUCACAUAAUCGUACCAAAACAGUCUGCAGGACCAGACUAUUGUGACAUGGAGAAUGUGGAAGAGCUAUUCGGUGUUCAAGACCAACAUGAUCUUCUGACGCUGGGAUGGAUCCAUUCUCAUCCAACCCAGACUGCGUUCUUAUCCAGCGUUGAUCUUCAUACACAUUGUUCUUAUCAGCUGAUGCUGCCAGAGGCCAUUGCAAUUGUUUGUUCACCAAAACAUAAUGAGAUGGGAAUCUUCAGACUUACUAAUGCUGGCAUGUUGGAAGUUUCUGCUUGUAAGAAGAAGAGCUUUCACCCUCAUACCAAGGAUCCUAGGCUAUUUAAUAUCUGCAAACAUGUCAUUGAAAAAGAGAUAAAAAUAACUGUGCUGGAUCUGAGGUGAUACAGAGAGAAGAAUGCCUUCGGUGAAACACAAGUCCAAAGGAAAAAAAGGCUGCCCGGUUUUCCUAGCGUUUUCCAAGUUACUGACAUUUUAUAUUUGUAUGUUUUGAAUUUAACAAUUUGAUAUUUAUUGCCCUUUUCUCAUUUUGAAGUUAUUUCAUUGUACAGUCAAAAUGAAGCUCACAGUGGCAUUCAGUCCGGGUAUGUUAUUUUAUUGGAAUAAUAUGACAAUAAAGUGAAUUUGACACAAUGA